UAAUUUAAAAGCAGUAAUUUAUAAUUGUAUAUUUUCUACCAUAAAAUGGAUACAACAGAAAGCAAAGACAUUAAAGUCCUGACAAUGCGGGAAAGAUUGGAACUGUGUGCACCGUUUAAUUUAUUUUUUACUACGAUUCCCGAGGAGCCUAAGACAACUGGAUAUAAUUGUAUUGCAUUUCCAGAUUUAAUUUGUCCAAGUCUUGGAAUCUUGGAAAAGUCCUUACAAAUCAAUUUUAUGCUUGAUAUCGACUGGUUAAUUGAUCAAUAUGAAGUUCAUAACUUACAUACAACACCCAUUACAGUUAUUUGGGGGCGGGAACUUGUGGAAGAUAUGAGCGAAUACAUAUCGGAAACAUAUCCAAAUGUAAAGACGCAUAAAGUGACAAUGGAAAAUCCAUUUGGACUUCACCAUUCAAAAAUUGGAAUUUAUAAAUUUGGUGAUGACACAAUAAGAAUUGUCAUUUCUUCGGCCAACUUAUACUUUCAAGAUUGGAAUCGUUACAAUCAAGGACUUUGGAUGAGUCCUCCCUUGCCCAAAAUGGCCGCGUCCAAGCACGAUUUUGAUUGCGCUGGACCCACCGACUUCAAAAUUGAUUUAUUAACUUAUUUGGAGUCAUACAACAUUAAUGUCCUAACUGAAUGGAUUCAAUUAAUUAAACGUGCUGAUUUUUCUUCAGUAAAGGUGUAUUUCAUCUGUUCAAUUCCUGGAAAUCAUCACCCAGGAAGCAAAAGCAGUCAUUUUCAUCGCGUAGGUGAUAUAUUGAGCAAACAAUGCUCCCUGCCCAGCGAAACAGGACAUGACCCUGAAGGUGCUCUCUCAUGGGGUAUAAUUGCGCAAGCAUCCAGUCUUGGGCUGUUUGGAGAUAAUUUAGGCCACUGGUUAGAGCCUAUUUUAAUGCGGGCACUCUCAAGCCACCAAGCUUCACCUUAUAACAAACGAGCGCCACGAAAUCCAACUUUGAGCUUGAUCUACCCCACAGAUCAAAACGUUGAAAACAGUAUUUUUGGUCGGAGUGGUGGUUGCUGUCUUCCAUAUAAAAUGAAUAUCAAUGAAAAACAAGAAUGGCUUAGAGAUUAUCUUCAUGUAUGGAAAGCUGAUAACACUGGAAGGUCAGAGGUAAUGCCUCACAUUAAAAGUUACAUGAGAGUUUCGCCAUGUUUAACAAAAUUAGCGUGGUGUUUGAUUACCAGCGGCAAUAUAUCAAAAGCGGCUUGGGGCUGUUAUCCAAAUCGGUAUGGUGGAUCGUAUAUUCGAUCGUAUGAAGCAGGCGUAAUGUUUUUGCCUCAUAUGUUUGAUGACGACAAAUCAAAGCAGUCAAUAUAUCUUACUAUUUCUUUAUUAACAAUAGAAUACAAGUUUAGAUUUUACAUGUCAACAAAAUACAUGCCGCCAUAUUGA